UUUUUGGAGGGUGAUAAUGUGGAAGAAUAAACAACAGCAUGAAAGAUUUUAAUAGGCUUCCUGUGGAUUUCACGGCAUUAUGUCUAGAAGUUCCCCCUUGGCUAGCGAUUUCUGAGAGGAAUCCCAGAUAACAUCCAUGAUAAGAUCAUAAACCUAAUAAGAAUUCACUUGCAGAAAUAGACCUUGUGGCUGGAAUUUGUCUUAAGCUCAUAAUUGGGAACAUAAACUGAAAGUUUGGGGACCAAGGUCUUAGUGUCUUGCUGUUGAGCUGAAAUAAAGGCACUACUGGUUUUGUUUGGUUCCCCCCCCCAGUGUUUCUCUUUUAGAAAGAGCAAGAUAUGUAACCGCUGUUGACAUCAGAACUCCCCAAAAACCUUAGGGGCUCAGUUUCAGAUGACUAAUCUUCUUAAAAUAUUGGUGCAUGGCUACUUUCCAAUUUGGGUUGUGAUUCUACAGGCACUACAGAAUUGCAUGUACAGAAAUCUCAUGAGAUCUGUUGAACUCAACCCUGUUAUUUGGAGGACUGUAUUGCUUGUUAAAAGAAACAUGACAUGCUAUAGCUACUUAAACUCUUAGUUCUGCUAUGGCUUAGGCAGUGUGCAAGCUCCUGAUUUCUGUAUGCCAUGUGAAAGUAUUUGUGGUGCAUCUGGCUCAAAAAACAUAUUUCCCCAUUUUUGCUGUAAUUAGAUGUACAGAAAUCUGUUUUUACAGGUUUUUUAAAGUAUGGAUUUUGUCAGAACACUGUAGCCUUCUUGAGGGAAUACUGUAUACAUUUGACACGUGAGUGGAUACCAAGUCCAUCAGUUUUUUCGUCCCCGUUCAGUGGAGGGAAAAAUUUUUAUAAUACAUUUUUUAAAUCAAGGAUAACACUUUUUUUUAAAAAAACUACAUCACUGACCUAUGCUUCUAAAGAUCUGUACCUACUCUUAAUUCUUUCCCAGUUAACUCUUAUUUUUUCCCAUUUCUUCCUGUCCCUUAAAGAUAGUCAAGCAAAAGCUAAUGACUCUGAAAUCUAAAUAAUCAACACAGACUCAUCUUUUUCUGUGUUUGUAUGACAUCCAGGACUUUGUAGUCAAUAGCGUAAUGUCAAUGAAUAAUCUGUGUUUAAAAGACUUUUUUCUUGUAUCUUGAAGGAAGAUUAGCUACCUUGGUAUCACCUAUGAAAUUCCUGUGAAAGAUAUGCAUAGAGAAAAGAUGUCUUACUAAAAGUAUCAUUUGAGACGACUUGUAGUAGUGAGCAAGUCUGUCCUCCGCAGCGUGUUUGACGAAGUAAUCGAAGUGGAUACGCUUGACAGUGCUGACUCAGUCCGCUUGGCUCUGAUGCAGAGGCCAGAACUGGGUGUAACCUUCACUAAGCUUCACUGCUGGACUCUUACUCAUUAUAGCAAAUGUGUCUUCAUGGAUGCAGACACUUUGGUGCUUUGCAAUGUUGAUGAAUUGUUUGAUCGAGAAGAGUUUUCAGCAGCUCCUGAUUCCGGCUGGCCUGACUGCUUUAAUAGUGGUGUAUUUGUGUUCCGACCUUCUUUGAAAACUUACAACCUACUGCUCCGUUUUGCUGCUGAACAUGGCAGCUUUGAUGGAGGUGACCAAGGCUUGUUGAAUAGCUUCUUCAGCAACUGGGCAACAGCAGAUAUUGGCAAACACUUACCUUUCCUCUAUAACUUAAGCAGCAGUGCUGUAUACACCUACGUUCCUGCUUUCAAUCAUUUUGGUAGAGAUGCCAAAGUUGUUCACUUCUUGGGAGCGACAAAGCCCUGGAACUACAAAUAUAACCUUCAAACAAAGAGAGUUAUGCAGGAUGGCAGCACCUCUGGAUCUUUUCAUCAACUGUCAUUUCUUGCCCUCUGGUGGAAUAUAUACAGCGCCAGUAUAUUGCCUUUGUUAGAAAAACUUCAAAAGAUGGAAGAAUCAGAAUCUGAGGAAUGCAAGCACACUUUCAAUGGAGUUGAAAUUACACUGAAAAAGGUCAGUCCUCCUGUGUCCAAUUCGCUGCAAAUGCCUGGGCUUCCAGAGCAGAAAUAUGAAAUAUAUCCCACAGCAUGUUCACCUGAGGAACUCACUUUCGAAGCUUGGCUGUAUUUUAGCAACCUGUAUGUGAAGUUGAACAAAGCGGUUCUAACGUCCAUCUCUCUGAGCCUGACAGACCUUCAGAACAACUUGUAUUUCAUCCUGCGUUUCAGGAAACCUCAGAACUGGACGAGGUUGCACAUUCUAUUUCAGAGCUGUCUAUUCACUUCAAACCGGAAGAACCAAGUCCAGAAGAUGAACGGAGAAAAUGGGAGGAAGGGCGUAUGGACUAUAUGGGGAAAGAUGCUUUUGAACAUAUCAAAAAGAAAUUGGAUGCAUUUUUAUAUUAAGAUGGAGUGUACUGUAAUGGCCGUCAUGAUCUAUGUUUCUUCUAUAAAUACAGUCCUUGAAUACUUGGCUAUUUUCAUAGUUUGUUUGACACCAAAGUUAGAGGUAGAUAUGGGCCCUCAUAUAUCUUGGGGAAAGAUUAACAGGUACAGACUCUUGUUUUUUCACUGUUAAGCGUGCCUCAGCUUUAUUGUUAUGUGUGUCUCAUCUUCAUUGCUCUCCCAUAGUGCCUUCUGAAGUAUAAUGAAUGGUACCCUCUGAGUCUGAACUCUCACACUUACCACUUUUCCCUGCUCCUCCCCAUAAGCAUUUUGCAGAAACAGUCAGGAGUGUGAAACAUGUUGGAAAUUGAGAUUAUUUCACAAAUUGAGAUUAUUUCAAAAGUACUUACAGAAGAUGCUAUAAAACUAUUUAAAUGAAAACCUUGUUCUUGAAACCAAGUUAAUAUUUUCAAAGGUAACCGUAGUGUAGACUUCAAUAUGAGAAAAAAGUGGGGAGAUGAAAUCCUGGCCUCAUAGGAGUCUGCAACACAACUUUUUAAUUUAAGUGUAUUUAGGAUCACAGGAAAUUCAGACUUUGUCUGAGAUCACUAAUGGAUGUUCUCCCUGUUUAUAGGAAGCUGCUCAGCUUCAUCACCAGCAUAAUGAAGAGUGGUGUAAAACUCCUAAAAUAGACUAAUAUAUGUUAACUUUUUAUAUUGUUGCUAUAGGAUACUGUUGUUAUUUUAAAUAUUAUUAGCUCUAUUUGCAUAUUCAGAGUUGCAUAGUCAGAGGAGAAAUCCUGACACUAUGGUGUAAACCUUCUGGUGCUUUAUAUCGAUUUGUUUACAGUACUUCAAACUGCAGUUGACAAAGGCGUUCUUCAUGUUUAGCUGGUUGCCCCAUAUUGCAGGCAGUUUGAAUGCAACUGAAAACACAACUGGCACUUGUUUUAGUAAACAGGCCCUUUGAAGAUCUUUUAAACAAUAGCUGUGUGUGGGAACUAAUAAAUCUGUGAGUGUAAUUCCAAAAAAAUCUACUGGUGAGAUUCCAUUAUAUUAAGUAUACUUAUGGGGGAUUGCUUUGUGAAUUUGGGUAUUUAAAUUUGACUAGUCUCAGCAAGUUUGUCUUAACAAUGAGGGGAAAAAAAAACCAAAACAAAAAAAAACAAACAACAUUUUGAAAGAAAGAAGCUUGACAGGCAUGCUAAUAUGAUAACAGAUUUGACAGAGUUAUUCAUAACGCCCCUCAAUAUUAGAAUAAGAAUUCUGCAGCGCUGAUGCAUGAUUUGAAACAUGUUUCAGUCUUAAUAUGUCACAUAUUUUGGUACAGAUAUACCUUAAACCAGGACAUAUACCUAAUGAAAUAACUUGGGAAUUCUGUUUAAAAUGCAAUGAUGUAAUGUUAUGCAUCAGAGGGUUUGCUAUAGAUGCUAGUGGAGAAAAAGGCAGGGUAAGAGGGAAGGAAUUUUUUGUUUCUUUUUCCUCCAUCGAAAAAGAUGGAGGGGUGCGGGCAAUCACUCUCACAAAUUGUGAAAGAAACGAAAGAAUCCAAAGGACUUUUCUUACCAUAAAGGAAGAAAAAUUAUCUUUGAGUAUUUUAGAAUUAAUUUCUAAUAUUCAUAGUAGUGGAUUUGCUUUUACUUUUGUGGGGUAUUUCUGGUUUUUAUCUAGUUCUUUAUUUCGCGUUUAUUCUAAGCACUCUUAGAGCAGGAAUCUCUUUGGGUCUGCUGAAUUCAGGCUUCUAGUUCAAGUUAGAUGUUUGGAGUCUCUGAAGUCCAAGAGAGAGAUGUCCAGAAGAUGAUUCUUCUCAAUUUCUCCGUUGAUUAUAAAGGGAUCCUCAGUAACCUGCCUCUCCUGGGUAGGUAACCUUUGCGUGUUAACACAGGUAGGUGCAUUCUACCUCUUGUUGUGCGUGGCCCAGUGCAGCACUAUGCAGAGAUUACAGCAGCUGCGGGUGUACUCUUACUUAGUGGCAUUUGAUCUGCUGAUUAUCCCUGUUUCUUAGUGAAUUUGUGGAUUUCGGAGAAAGUUCUCUGUUUUAUAAGCGUUAUUGCUAAUAUAAUUCAGUUUUUGAAGACUGUAUAAAACUGUAGUCAACACUGUGAACUCGUGCUUCAUGCAGCUGUCGUUUUUACAAUAACUACUAGAUCUUACUGAGCAUGUGAAUUAGAUUAUGGGAGAAGAAUUAUUGUACCAGAAGGUUUUAAAAUAGGCAUAUGAACAUAGUAAAAGGAGCUGUCAUGGAACACAUUUGAAAGUGCCAACAUGUAAAAUGGUACUGAGUGUGGAUUAUACAAUGUUUUGCAAAGAAAUGUAGUACAUUAAUGUCAUGGAAAUAAAACAGAAACGGAAAGGACAUAUGAAGUCUGUGCUUAUCAGAUGGUGCAGAGUUACUGGUUGUUUAUGUUGUGCAGGGAGUAUUAUUUGUGAUUGACUGGUUACUUUAAUAUGUUUUUUAAUUGUAGCAAAUUGCUUUUGAGACAUUAGCACUACCUGCUGAGCAGAAUUAAAAAGUGUGACCUAUUAUUAUAAGCUUUAGGAUCUCUUGAACUAGCACAACAGGAGUUGUUUUAUUGUAUUUCACGGAAAAGUAUAGCUGUGGUUAAAAGUCCUGCUUCAGUGUAUUGUCUGCACACAAAAAAUGUUGAUCUAGUUACAAGUAAUGUAGUGUUGUAGUGGAUUCUAGCAGAGUACUGUUGCCCCCGGCGUGUGAGAAGGGGGAACCUUGUGAGUGAAUUCAGAAUUUGCAAGUGCUGUUGUUCCAGCAGCAUUCUUUGCUCUUAAGCGCGUCGUUCUGGAAUCUUGGGCUACAAGCAGGUCUGGGGGGUGUUAGGGACUGCGUGUUGCCAUGAACUACAAGGUUGAGGUUUGCUAAGUUGAAAUGUAACUUGGAAAUAAAAUUUAGCAAGCUUCAUCUACAACUUCUUCCUCGUUAAAGUGUGGUAUAGACCCACAUAUUUUUAGGGUAAAGAAAGUUAAGAAAUGUGGGCUUUUUGGCAGCACCAUUCCUCCCUAAACAAGACAUUUUUUCACUUUGGCAAUUUGGAAGGCGCUGUUAAUGAAAUGUAAAGGCGGGGGGGGGAAAC